AUGAGACUAGAAAGCUUGAUUGCCCCGGUUUUGGGCGCAGUAGCUGCCGGUCCGCACCCGCAAAUGGGAAGAAUUCCAGAGAAAUCUCACCAAAUCUACCCCGGAAAAAGGGUCAACGAUUUUUUGAAGCCUUGGAUCGAGCCCUACUACGAGUGCGUCAACCGGCAGUAUGUGCGUACUGGCACCAUGUGCGGCAGAUCCUCGAAUUAUGAGCCACGAAUCGAAGCUGACUGCAUCGCUGGGAGAUUGGAGGGCAGAAGUCCUUUUUCAAAAUAUUCAGCAUGGAAAGACGAAAACUACAAAAAUAUCAAAUACAACCGGGACUACUCUUCUGUCGAUUCGUUUCUCCUUCCGCCCCAAGUCGAAGGAUACCCUACUAUCCGAAUCAAAGCUUUCGAAGCGACAUUCAUGUCCACGAACGAGUUCGAUUUCUCCCAAGAAUUCUUUGGAAUCACGGCCAUCGCCAGAGCAGGUAGAAAUGGACACUGGAACAUCGACAACGACGGAAUUAUCAAGCUAAAUAUGUUCCCGAAGCGAGUAAAAAACGCAUUUUUUGCGAUGAUCGAAGAAAAAAUUCAACUCAAUAACACCAUUCUCUUGACAUUUGAAUAUAAACCUAGUACCGAACGUGGGGUAGAGGACCUAUGCGACUGGACGUUUCACCAAGGGAGCCAAGAGCACGAUUUUUUCACAAUUUAUGCGGAGCGGAGCGAAAAGAUGAUCAAUUUAUUAAAGUAUUCUAUUAAUUCAUGGCUGGCAGACGACAGACCAGAUACUCUUCUAUCAGAUAUCUACUCAAGUCGCCAAAAAAGCACUCUCGAGCUUUUUCCGAAUACAUUUGUAAGAGAAUCCACGGCGGAGACUCGUGAUGCCGAAUGCCUGAUGAAAGAAGACCCUCUGGGAAAAGAUUACAGGGGAACGAUGAGUGUUGGAAAACGAGGUGCCAAGUGCCUGCCGUGGAGUGCACUCGAUGAUAACGAUUCAAACGGCCCUUGGUGCUUCGUCAAAGUCUCCCCUGAAAGACAGUUUCAGUACUGCCAGAUUUCUGCAUGUGAGGAGGAGGAAACGGCUGCUGGAAUGAGCUCUCCUCCCGCUCCCAUGAAAACAUCUUACAAGGAGACGCUUCAAAUCGCCAAGGAAAAAACGCAGUCCGAAAACGGCGCAGGCUUUUCUGAAAAUGCAAAGUACAAUGUGAACCAAGAUGGAACUCGGGAGCGUUACUUUGCUGAUAUCACACUCAGCCCGAGCUCAACAGAAAUUCCCCCGUUGGAGAGCACCGAAAAAAUGGAAAGUCUCCGCCAGAAAUACUUGAAUCAUGCGAUGAACUACAAUCCGCCGACUUGGAGACCACCAGUGACGGCUGGAAGCAAAAGUACGCAAGGAUCAACCACAACGCGGCGGACAACGACGAGAACAUCGCCUCGACCGCGCCCGACAAGCGCCCUAACCACGAGAAGAAAACCAGUUCAGUGGACCCGCUACAACUGGACGAAUUCUCCAACUACAGUUACAACAACAACACGCAUGAGAACGACGAAGAGAACGACUAAGCCAACAACGACGACGAGAAUUGACGAAAAUUACGACGAUUUUUACGGAGAUUCAAGCGGGGCUCCGGCAACUCCUUCGGAUUGCUUCGAUUUCUAUUUUUACAACGAUGACGGCGUGCAACUGACACAAGAAGAAUGCCUCGCAGUCGUCCAAGGGAACAAAUGA